AUGGGUUUAUUUGGUGGUAGAAAACAUGGUGGUUUAUUCACUUUCAAUAAAGAUGAUGGUUAUUUAGAAGCUAUCUUAAGAGGUUUCAAAAAAGGUAUCCUCUCAAGAGCCGAUUACAAUAAUUUAUGUCAAUGCGAUAAUUUAGAAGAUAUGAAAAUGCAUUUCAUUUCAACAGAUUAUGGUGAUUUCCUUGCAGGUGAACCAUCACCAAUUCAUACAACCACCAUUGCAGAGAAAGCAACAGGUAAAUUAGUAAGUGAAUUCAACCACAUUAGAAAUCAAGCAGUCGAACCACUUUCAACUUUUAUGGAUUUCAUUUCAUAUGGUUAUAUGAUUGAUAACGUCGUUUUAUUAAUCACUGGUACUCUCCACGAAAGAGAUAUCUCUGAAUUGGUCGAUAAAUGUCACCCAUUAGGUUUAUUCAAGUCAAUGGCCACUCUCUCUGUCGUUCAUAAUGUCGCUGACCUUUAUAAUAAUGUUUUAAUUGAUACACCAUUAGCACCAUACAUUCAAGGUUGUUUAUCAGAAGAAGAUUUAGAUGAAAUGAAUAUUGAAAUUAUUAGAAAUACUUUAUAUAAAGCUUAUUUAGAAGAUUUUUACAACUAUUGCAAAUAUCUCGGUGGUCAAACUGAAUUGAUCAUGAGUGAUAUUUUAAAGUUUGAAGCAGAUCGUAGAUCAAUCAAUAUCACAAUCAAUAGUUUUGGUGCAACUGAACUCUCAAAGGAUGAUCGUGAAAAACUUUACCCAUCCUUAGGUCUUUUAUACCCAGAAGGUACUAGCAAACUUGGUAAAGCUGAAGACGUUGAUCAAGUUAGAGGUAUCCUCGAAGUUUACUCUACCUAUCGUAAUUUCUUCUCUGAUGGUGUCAACAACGAGAAAUCAUUGGAAGACUCAUUCUUUGAACAUGAAGUUCACUUAAAUCGUAUGGCUUUUGAAGAUCAAUAUGGUUAUGGUGUCUUUUACGCUUACAUUAAAUUAAGAGAACAAGAAAUUAGAAAUAUAGUUUGGAUUGCUGAAUGUAUUAGUCAAAAUAUGAAACAAAAAAUGAAUCAAUACAUUCCAAUCUUUUAA